AGUUGUCGUACCGGUAAAUCUGUUCAAAUGUCCGAAUCUGAGGUACGAGGCUUGUGUUUAAAAUCUCGUGAAAUAUUCCUACAGCAACCGAUCCUGUUAGAGCUUGAGGCUCCUCUGAUUAUUUGCGGUGAUAUUCAUGGCCAAUAUACAGAUUUGUUGCGUCUCUUCGAAUAUGGUGGAUUCCCUCCGGCAGCCAAUUACUUGUUCUUGGGCGACUACGUGGACAGAGGCAAACAAUCGUUGGAGACCAUCUGUCUGCUGUUGGCCUAUAAAAUUAAAUAUCCCGAGAAUUUCUUUUUAUUGCGUGGCAAUCACGAAUGUGCCAGUAUUAAUCGUAUUUAUGGUUUUUAUGACGAAUGCAAACGACGCUACAAUGUGAAAUUGUGGAAAACCUUUACAGACUGUUUCAAUUGUUUACCCGUUGCCGCCAUUAUCGAUGAGAAGAUUUUCUGCUGCCACGGCGGCCUGAGUCCCGAUUUGCAGGGCAUGGAACAGAUACGACGCUUGAUGCGUCCCACAGAUGUACCCGAUACUGGUUUAUUGUGUGAUCUGUUAUGGAGCGAUCCGGACAAGGAUGUCCAGGGUUGGGGUGAAAAUGAUCGUGGUGUUAGUUUUACGUUCGGUGCUGAUGUCGUAUCGAAAUUUUUAUCAAAACAUGAAAUGGAUCUGAUUUGUCGUGCCCAUCAGGUCGUCGAGGAUGGUUAUGAAUUCUUUGCCCGCCGUCAAUUGGUGACACUAUUUUCCGCUCCCAAUUAUUGUGGUGAAUUUGAUAAUGCCGGCGGCAUGAUGACUGUGGAUGAUACAUUAAUGUGCUCAUUCCAGAUAUUAAAGCCCUCCGAAAAGAAGGCCAAAUACAUGUACAGCGGCAUGAAUACAUCACGGCCAACAACACCGCAACGUAACGCGCCUCUAAUAGCAACGAAUAAGAAGAAAUAAUACAUCCAUCCGCUUCCAUUUCCUUAAAAGUUAUUAAAUUAUUAUAUACAUAUAAAAUUUGAUAAUAAUAAUUAUUAUAAUUACAAUAAUACAACAACAACAAACAAAAAUACAAGAAAAACUACAACAGCAACAACAACAAAAGCAAAUAAAUUAACAAAGAAUUCAAAUCCAA